UCUGCCCGCUUGUUCACAACCAGCUAGCAGAAGCAGCGACCGGGACCGGUGUAUGAUCGCUGUUAAGAGAGCAUAGAUGUGCAAAACCCCUGGAUUAUCCGUGCGCUGGAGAGGCCAGAACCGACCACCGUGGAGGACUGUCUUUAUCUAGUCGUCAAAAGGGAAACAGCCACGGGGAAAGCAUGGCGGUAGAAGAGGAAGGUCUCCGGGUUUUCCAGAGCGUUAAAAUAAAAAUAGGAGAAGCAAAAAACAUCCCUCCGUACCCGGGGCCAAACAGGAUGAGGGACUGCUACUGCACCGUCAACCUGGACCAAGAAGAAGUCUUCAGGACCAAGAUCAUCGAGAAGUCACUGUGUCCGUUCUAUGGGGAGGACUUUUACUGCGAGAUCCCACGUAGCUUCAGACACCUCUCAUUCUACAUCUUCGACAGGGACGUCUUCAGGAGGGACUCAAGUAUCGGCAAGGUUGCAGUGAAGAAAGAGGACCUGCAGAAAUAUCACGGCAAAGACACCUGGUUCCAGCUACAACCUGUCAGUGCUGACUCAGAAGUGCAGGGAAAAGUACACCUGGAGCUGCGUCUGAGUGAAGUCAUCACAGACAGUGGAGUCAUCAACCAUAAACUAGCCACACGAGUGUUGGAGUGCCAAGGUCUUCCAAUCGUCAACGGCCAAUGUGAUCCCUACGCUGCUGUCUCCUUACUAGGACCUUCAAGGUCGGAAGCUAAGAAGACCAAAGUAAAGAGGAAAACCAACAAUCCACAGUUUGAGGAGGUUUUCUAUUUUGAGGUGACGCGGCCGUUAAGCUACACAAAGCGGCAGUUUGAUGUUGAAGAAGAGGAUGUUGACAAGUUGGCACUGAGGGUGGAUCUGUGGAACGCCAGCAACCUGAAGUUUGGGGAUGAGUUCCUGGGAGGUGUGCGCGUUCCUCUGCGGGCGUUGGAUCAGGCUGGGGUCCACGAUGCAUGGUACUUUCUUCAACCAAGGGAGAACGGAGGGAAGUCAGUGAAGGUAGAAGAGCUCGGAUCUCUGCGUCUGAACAUUGUUUACACCGAGGACCACGUCUUUCCCUCCGAACACUACACUCCCCUCAGAGAUCUACUGCUGCAAUCAGCUAAUGUAGAGCCCGUGUCGGCGUCCACAGCUCACACUCUGGGAGAGGUGUGUCGAGAGAAACAAGAAGCAGCCAUUCCCCUCGUGCGUCUGUUUCUUCACUACGGCAAGAUUGUGCCUUUCAUCAGCGCCAUCGCUCACGCCGAAGUCAACCGCACACAGGAUCCUAACACCAUUUUCCGGGGAAACUCGCUGACUUCCAAGUGCAUUGAUGAGACCAUGAAGCUGGCAGGAAUGCACUAUCUGCGAGUCACACUGAAACCCAUUAUAGAUGAGAUCUGCGCUGAAAACAAAUCCUGUGAAAUUGACCCGGUCAAGCUCAAAGAAUCGGAGAACCUGGAUACAAACAGGGAAAAUCUUCGGCAGUAUGUGGACCGUAUCUUCAACGUUAUCACCACAUCCGGCGUUCGCUGUCCCACCGUAAUGUGUGAUAUCUUCUUCUCUUUGAGAGAGUCCGCUGCCACCCGUUUCCAAGUUGACCAAGAUGUCCGAUACACAGCAGUGAGCAGUUUCAUUUUCCUGCGUUUCUUCGCUCCAUCCAUCCUUUCUCCCAACUUGUUCCAACUACGACCGCACCAUCCAGAUCCCGCCACCUCUCGAACCCUCACCCUCAUCUCCAAGACGAUCCAGACCCUGGGAAGUCUCGCCAAGUCUAAAUCUGCCAAUUUCAAAGAGUCUUACAUGGCUGCAUUUUACGACUACUUCAAUGAGCAGAAAUAUGCGGACGCUGUGAAGAAUUUCCUGGACCUGAUCUCCACAUCUGGCAAAUGGGAUCAGAAGAGUAUUGAAACACCAAUCAUGCUCAAAGAGGGAUUCAUGAUAAAGAGAGCACAAGGCAGAAACCGGUUCGGAAUGAAGAACUUCAAGAAGAGAUGGUUUCGUCUCACCAAUCACGAGUUCACUUACCACAAGACGAAAGGUGAGGGCGCUCUGUGCAGCAUUCCCAUAGACAACAUUCUGGCUGUAGAGAGGCUAGAGGAGGAGUCUUUCAAGAUGAAAAAUAUGUUCCAGGUUAUUCAGCCAGAGCGGGCGCUCUACAUCCAGGCCAACAACUGCGUUGAGGCGCGUGACUGGAUCGACAUCCUGACCAAAGUCAGCCAGUGCAACCGCAAACGCCUAAGCACGUACCAUCCUUCAGCCUACCUCAACGGCCACUGGCUCUGCUGCAAGUUCUCAGCAGACACGGCCCCUGGGUGUACGCCCUGCACUGGCGGCCUCCCAGCAAACAUCCAGCUGGACGUAGAUGGAGACAGAGAGACGGAGAGGAUUUAUUCCCUGUUCAGCACAUACAUGACCAAACUGAUCAAGAUGCAAGAGGCCUGCGGCAGUAAAUCUGUGUACGACGGGCCCGAACAGGAGGAGUACUCCACCUUUGUCAUUGAUGACCCCCAGGAGACCUACAAAACCCUGAAACUGAUUGUUUCAGCCGUUCAGACCUUGGAGCAGCAGCACACCAAGUACAAACGUGACAAGUUCAAGAAGACAAAGAUAGGCAGCCAGGAGCAUCCGAUUGGAGACAAGAGUUUUCAGUGCUACAUCCGCCAGCAGUCUGAGAGCUCCACCUACUCCAUCUAGCCCGGUGUGCUGUUCCUAUGAUGCCCAGAACCAGCUUAUUUUUCUUCACUGCAAAACAUCUUAAUGCUCCAUGUCUAGUAUUCAGUUUUAAUGCUUUACUUUUCCUUAAAACAAGAUUUAAAAAAGUAAUUAAUGAUUAGUGAUAUCAUUUCACUUAUUUCCAAUGCAAUGUAUCCAUGCUUCAUGACUUCCAUGCUUUUUUAAAGACUUUUCUGGAAGUAUGUGAUCCUGUUUUGGAAACAAGUGUCACCUGACUGGCUUAUUUGUUCAGCUUUAAGGAAAAUAAGAGUUUUAAGAGUCAAUACCAGACCGAACGAGCUGUGUAGAUGGACUUUUGAUUUUGCAAUUUCUCAAGAUGCAUCACUCCAAGUUUGGAGAACAGACCUCAGAUCAGCAUGAAAAGGAAACAGUUGUGGAGGAAAGGAGGGAUACGAAUGAAGACAUAAUCAUACCCAAUUCAUCUAUUGGGAUCUCCUGUCUGUGAUGUGACGAGAGAACAAACAAACGUUUUCACUGGACAGUUUUGACAGUGACCAACACGCACUUUAAUCGCCUCCAAAUCUAUGGAUGAACAAGCCUCGCAGCACACUUUCAAAAGCUUAUUUUAUCGGAUUUGUAUUUUGUUAUUUUGAUGGUUGACAUGCUGUCAUGUUGUUGUAUUUCACUCCAGAAGGAAGGAAGGACUCUAAUUUUUCCCUUUUUUGAGUGAUGUUUUAUUUUUGUCCCCAACCUCCUCAGGAAGGCUGUGAAGGUCGAGGGCACACAAGAAGGGAUUGUUGGGACCAAGCACAGCCGAGAACAGCUUGACGUUAUCAAUGUUAUCUAUCAAUUUCAUCCCUCAUUUUUAAUCCUCAUCAUCAACGUGCUAACAGAUGUUUAGGUUCAAGUUUUCAUGUUUCAUUUGAAGCCUUGUUCAGUUGUGGAUGGAUAUCAUGCUCCUGUGUAACCUGUACCUGAGUUGAAGGAAUAGUUUCUGACACAUGAGUCAGACAAAACCCAUGGAGGCUUUUUAAACAUUUUCUAAUCAUUAUGGGUGUAAAAAUGCAGCUUCUCUUUUAAGUAAGACAGAAUACACUGGAUAGCUAUUAAGUUUAACUCCAUCGAUGAACAAAAAAAAUAGAUAAUGUCCAACUUCAGAACCUGUUACUGUUGAUACCAGGGCCAGACUAACCCACCAGGGGCUCGGGGUAAACAUGUGCGUGCUGUGGGCCACUGUGUGAAUGUGUGUAUAAGCACAACUAUAUUCAUCAAAACACAUUGUGAAACCACAAUUUACACUGAAAAUAUAAUACAAUAUACACCCAGUGGCCACUUUAUUAUGCACACUGGUAUGGUAGCAACCUGCGCUUUAUGAAAAGUGUCUUGAGAUAACGUCUCUUAUGAUCUGGCGCUAUAGAAAUAGAAAUUGACUUGACUGCCAUAAAUUCUGCCUUUACAAAGUUUAUAAUCUUCAGUUUUUGGUGUCGGUGACAAAUGUGUAAAUCAAAUGUUUUAUUUCUGAAGUCAAAGUUAAAGGAAGUGUUGUUCUGGACUACAUAUUAUUAAGAGGUGUUUCUAAUGUUUUUCUUCUUAUUUACAUAUAUUACAUGAGUUGUGCAGAAUACUGAAAACACCUCUGAAUAUAAUGCUGUCCAGAACAACACCAUCACCAACUAUGACCUCAGUAACAAUCACAUCUCUUCAGACACAUCUCUAUGUCAAAAAGCCUGAAUGUUACAGGCGUCAUAAAAGUUGACUUUAUGGCAGAACAGUUGUAUUGGAUUGCAUACAGGUGUGGCCACUGAGUGUUUAUAGAAUAUAGUGUGCAUAAAGGAUUAAUACACACUUUUUGUAAUUAUAUUACCACAAACUAAAGCCUUCGGGCCCCUGUAGGUCUGCGGCCCCUGGGCAGUUGCCUGUUUUGCCCAGUUGGUAGCUCAACCUUGGUUGACAUGCACACACCUCCAUGGUGGAUUAAUAUUAGUGAUUUGCAGGGUUCAUAUCAAUGAAAAAAGUGUAUUUUGCUGCUUUUAAGAAGUACCGAUAUUUGUUCCCGGAGUCCAGUAAUUGAGCCUCAGCUUUGCUAAGAUCCCCAUUCAACACACCCUCAAGCUGCAUGCAGACAUGAUAAAGGCAAAUGUUUGUUUUUAACCAAACUAUCCCUUCAACCAUUACAAAGCAGAAUCUAUGUGUUAGCACAGCUCUUUAACAAGGAUGUUUCUUAGCUUAACUUCUAAUUAAUUGAUAUACUAACAUUUUAACCAGUCUUGUCUCAAGUUAUGUUUGUGAAAUGGAUAGUGUGUUACUGGUUGUGUUGCCCUGUUGGCUGCCUAAUAAUGUAGUUUUUUCAGUUUUGUGAGUUAGCUCUAUCUUACUUUUAAAAAGCUGCACCCUGUAUUUCAAAAUCUAUUUAUAUGCAUUCCUUUGAGAAACUGCCUGCUGUGAAUCUUACCGCUCAGCACCCCAGAAUCUGUUGAAGGUACGGGAUUUAUUGUUGUUAACAAGUCGUGUUGUGUUGUUCUACGCUUCCCAAAGGCAAUCACUCUCAUUGGCAUUCAUAUCCAUCAGCACUCACUCUCGCCAAAACCAGUGCAUGUGAAGUAUAGUUGUAGUCACAGCAACGGUAGCCUCCACAGUCACUUCUGUUUGACCAGGUCACUAAAAACCACGACGAAUUUUGUAUUUUCCAAAACUAAGUACCUGGUUAUUUAGCCUCGUGGUGUGUACCCGUGAGUACAGGAUCCCAAACAGUGCCAGUCAUCACUUUUAUAAAAUUCUCUUUUUGAAAAACAAGAAAAAAAAAAUCAUUGUUUAGAUAUGUUUUUUAUAUAUCUCACAACCUAUACUGUUUAAAAAACAGUACAGCAAUUAUUCCGAUGACAUCUUUUUCUUUGUCAAACGUGUUGAUCUCUAAACUAUAGGGAUGGUUGUGAACAGUUUGACUCUGUUUUGUAUCUUUGUCUUCAUACCGAAAUCUCGCUGUGUAUCUGAAUCGAAUGAUUGAGAUGCGUGUGUGUGUGUGUGUGUGUGUGUGUUUUGUGCAUAUGUGCGUGUUUGUGAGUGUGCAUUUGUCAGUAUGUGCAUGAGUGACUGACAUGACGGGUUAUAUUGCCAAUUGAAUUACCCCAGUGUUACAGGUCGGAGUCCCACUUGUUAAAAAAGAGAAAAUCACUGCCUGUAAUUAUACUAAAGACUGUAGUAGGAUUGUGGAAACACUGUUACUGUACUCUGGCCUGAUAUGGUGUAUGUCCUCUUGUGAAGAACCAAUGUUCCAUUUCAAGGAACCUUUGCCAAUAUAUUUUCCCCACUCAUUUUAUGUAUGUAACACAGUAAUAACAUUGAUGAAACAUUAAGAGAGAAGCUGUAACCUCUGAACUUUGGUGAGUGUUUGUUUUCCACCAGCUACUAACUCUCUCAGGUUUAUGAAACUCAGCACUGCGUGUGUGUUUUUUUUGCCAAGAGUGAGGAGACCUGGACUGAAUUAUAAACCACCAAACAGUUCUCUCAUCCCUAACUUGGUAAACAUAUUUAUUAUCAUUUACAGAAAAACCUUCCCAGAAACACUGGCUGAGUUGAUGGGGUAAUGCCAGUUACAGUAACGGCAACUCCUUCACCCUGAAUCCCACAAAGGAAUGACUUAUUAUGCAAUAAUGGUGUUUCAGCAUGCAAUAAUAGUAACAACCCCUCAAUAAGCCCAUCAAAUUAUCAACGCACAUCUGCUGACCUUUUGCAGUAAAAUUCCUCCUCGGAUAAACACAUACUAUAAGGGAGAACAGUGUAUUUUGUACAACUAUUUUAAAAAGUAUUAAAAAAUAAGCCUGUUAUAUGUGUACAUAAAACAGUUGAAUGAAUGGUGAAAAUGUGAUGUGUUUUUUCCCCUGAAUAACUAAAUGAAACCAAUAUUAAUGCAAAAA